CUCGUUUUGCAAUUUUUCCUAAAUUUAUUUGGUACGGUACAAUCGUCGUCGUCGUCGUCUCUCUCUCUCUCUCUCUUCUCUCUCGGUCUAGAAUCCUGUUUGCUGUUCACAGCUCCGAAGGGGGCCAUAUACGAGGUCAGGGUUGCGAAGGAAACCCUCACGAGCGCGCGCGCUCUCCUUCUCUCUCUCUCUCUCUCUCGCCGGACCUCCGUUGAAUCGCUAAACGCCGGCGGGGUUUUCGUACAACGAUCUUGUCUUUUUUUAUCGGCUCUGUUCCUCUUCAAAUGCGCUUCGUUUUAUCUUCUUGCUUUGCUCUCCGCUAAUUCCAUAGCCGAGUUUCCAUGCUCUGACUAAUUCAAGCGUUUCGAGGCGCUGUCUGGAUCAAUUUCUCGGAGAAUAUUCGGUUACAAGAACUAAAUAUAGUCAUUGCAGUCCUGGAUACAAGACGCUCUUUUAAGCAAUAAGGGAUCAUUCUGGUUUUUGCUGGGAGACAAAUGGAACUGAAAGUUUCAUAUCCUAAGCUGGGCAUUUCUUCCUCUGAAUAUGUAAGUGAUCCCGAGGAAAAGGAUAUUAGUGAUGACGAAGAUGAUGAUCGAAACCAUAAGCAUAGGAGGCGGGAGACACGCUCUCAGUCUUUGGAAAGAGAUACACGUGAACAUGUUUUGAGGCCAUAUGGUAAGCGUAGUAAACCAUCUGAAAAUGGACGUAGUAUUAGGGACAACGAUUCUCAAGCCAAUGAAGCUUGGAAGUCCUUCAAUACUCCCACUCUUGAGAAAGACAUACCUGGGAAAUUUGAUAAAAGACGCUUGGGUGCAGUGCCAGGAGCUCGACUGGCUGGGGAUUUCAACCAAAGGAUCAGGGCAAACCAGACGUUUUCUGGUGACCUAAGUUCUGGUAGAGGAAGAGGAAGGGAGUCUGGCACUUGGAACCAGUUUGAUUCAAGAUUUAGUCCUGUUGAUAUUGCUUCCCAAAUUGUUCACCGUGGGCCUUUUCCUCCUAGUCUAUUUGCUGGAAGGGGUUUACCAAGUGUUUCUACUGCACAAACUGCACCAUGGAAUGCAUUUGGAUUACUACCAGGAAUUCCAAAUAGUGGGCUAGAAACGAUGCACCCCAUUGGUUUGCAGGGAACACUUAGACCUCCAAUCAACCCUCCUCUGAACAUAGGCAUACCUCGCCAGAGAUGUAGAGAUUUUGAGGAGCGUGGAUUUUGCCUUAGAGGAGAUAUGUGUCCUAUGGAGCAUGGUAUUAACCGCAUCGUAGUUGAAGAUGUCCAGAGUCUUUCUCAAUUUAACCUUCCUCUGUCGCUUCCAAAUGCACACCUAAUGGGGAAAACUACUGGAUCUCUGCCUGCAGUUAGCACAACUUCUACGACAGUAAUGAGCGGCAAAGGAUUGCUUGGAAAAAAUAGCAAGCCUGGUGUAGGAGAUGAUUCAUUGCCCUUUCAUGGUGUAUAUUCAGGUUCUGGUAGUGCAACUGAAGCUGACUUGUAUGACCCUGAUCAACCCCUAUGGAACAACAAUUGUCCUGAGAAACCAAAUGCACUCUCAGGCAUGCAUUCAUCAAAGAUUGAUGAUGUUGAAUCCUUGAUGGGAGAUGAUCCUUCUGAUAGAAAUCAGGUUAGGAAAUGUGAUGCUGCUGAUAAUGGAUGCUCUAGUAGAAUUACUGCAACAAGUGGUUCACAGGGUACUAGUUCUUCUGUCUGGGGUAGAGUUGGGUCGAGGAAUAGACAAGAUGUGAAAGGGAAACUUGAUCCAGUAAAUUCCUCUGGUUGUCUUGAUAAUGAAGUGAAGGAACACAAUGAGGUACUGACUAGUGUUCAAGGAAAUUCUCACCAACAAAAGCACAUGGCUCAGGGUGAUGCUCACACUGAAGCAGGAAAUUUACCUCACAAGGCACUGAAUGAUGCCAAUGCCAUGCGUACUAUGCGCAAACCAUCUCAGAAAGCAUUACGUACUUUGUUUGUCAAUGGGAUUCCACUACAAAGCAACAAAACAGAGACACUUCUUUCUCAUUUUAAAAAAUAUGGUGAGGUCAUUGACAUCUAUAUUCCAGCAAAUAGUCAACGUGCUUUUGUUCAGUUCUCAAAAAGGGAAGAGGCAGAAGCUGCUCUUAAGUCACCUGAUGCUGUUAUGGGAAACCGUUUUAUCAAACUUUGGUGGGCCAAUCGUGACAGCAUUCCUGAUGCUGGUGUAGGCAGUAAUAAUGGUAUUCAUGUUCCUCCACGUCAUAUUGCAGCUGUUUCACUUCUUCCACUUGUUGUCAAAGGAAAGAAUAGUGUCCAGGUUUCCACUUCAAAGGGCAGUGUUUCCCAUCCGUUGGAAUCUUCUUUAGCUGCCCCAGAUCACUCUCAUGCUUUCAGCAGCCCAAAGGUUUCUUCUCCUUUGCAGAAGAAAUUAGAGAAUCUGGAACAGUUAAAGGAGGAACUCCGGAAGAAACAAGAAAUGCUAGACAUGAAGCGGAAUGAUUUUAGGCGCCAGUUAGAUAAACUUGAAAAACAAGCCACAGGAAACAAAGGCGAAACAGUCGUUGGGUUCUCCGCAAAACGACUUAAAGUGGGAAUAGAGGCUGACGCUAGUAAACUUGUUACUCCAAAGGCCAGCGAUUCUGGCAUUGCUUUGGCAUCACCACACACUGAGGCGAGUGGGGAGCAUGUGGAGUGCCCUUGUCCUGAGCCAACCACAUCUAUUGUACAACAGGAAUCCUCAAAGUUUGAGCCUGUUCAUCCAUUGUCAUCCGAAACACCUUUUGAUGUUGAUGGAGAUAAAUCAGGGAGCUGUUCUACUGGAUUUAGAGUUGUUCCUCCUUUACCAGUCGACUUUGCCAAUGAGGAUGUGAUAAAGAAACAUUUCUCAUCGUUGGGUGAUGUUUGUACGGUGGAGCUAGUUUCGGAAGAUGGCGAUCGGAUUUCAAACGCAUCUAACAACUGCUCAGCUAAUGUCACUUUUUUAACCCGUCAUUCAGCUGAAAGAGCAUUCAAAGAUGGCAAAUCCUGGCAAGGUCAAGACUUGAAGUUAAUAUGGUUAUCUGGUAGUGAAGGUGAAGACCACGAUGGCGCUUUGUCCGACGACGCAUCUCGAGAUGCAGACAUGGAGCCUGAAAGUGAACCAGAAAGCAUCCUUUUGAAGGAGGAAACCCCAUAUCAUACAGAAUCCCAGAAUUCAACAUGAAACCACAGCAUCCAGCCUUUUGGAAACAGGUAAAAAGUGUCGCCAAUGGUAGAAAGAGACAUGAUUUAAGCAUUUUUAUGGUUUAGGAGGCGUUCUUUUUGGAGCAUUUUUCAUGCC